UGAUUUCUGUGUUAUCCUCUGAACAAUCGAUAUGGAAUCUACGAUGGAAGAAGCUAAAAGAGCAAUGGAGAUUGUAGAGAGGAAACUUAUGGAUAAAGAUUACGUUGGUGCCAAGAAAUUCAUUAACAACGCUCAUAAUUUGUUUCCAAAUCUUGAUGACCGUUGGAAGACGAUGAUCGAUGUUUAUAUCUCUGCAUCAAACGGAGGAGGAUCAGAAGCUGAUUGGUAUGGAGUUCUCGGUGUAGACUCUUUAGCUGAUGAUGAAGCACUGAAGAAAAAUUACAAGCAGUUAGCUCUUUUGCUUCAUCCGGACAAGAACAAGUGUUAUGGCGCUGAAGGCGCCUUUAAGUUGGUUUCAGAAGCUUGGUGUUUGUUAUCUGAUAAGGUUCAGAGAGCUUCUUAUGAUCAAAGAAGGAAGUCGAAAGAAACACAGAUCGAGAUACAGAAACCAACAAACCCACAUAAGCCUACUAAAGCUACUAAGUAUGCGUCUGCGGAUUCAUCAAAACAGAGGAAAAGCAGAACUUUUUGGACAAUGUGCAGAAGCUGCAAGACACAAGGUGAAUAUUUGAGGAAUUCUAAUCUUAACAAGGCUAUACAUUGUCCAAAUUGUCGUCAAACUUUCAUUGCAACCGAGAAGACUCCAAAAGCAUCAAACAAAAGCACCAAACAAGUUUCUCAACAGCAAGUGAAACAACAAUGGAGUGUGCAGAAUAAAGUACCAAACAAAAGCACCAAAAACGCUUCUUCUUCUUCUCGGAUAAAUUCUUCGCCAUCGGUUAGUUUUACCUGGAAUUUUUCAUCAGUGUCAUCAAAGGCAAGGUCUAAUUGUGGAAGUGCCGCAAAUCAAAAAUUGAAAAGAGGACUUGAGGCACAAGAAACGGUUGCUCCUGCAGGGAAGAUUCUUAAGAAGCAGAGGACAAAUGUGGCAUAAGAAAGAAGAAAACUCUCUUAACGACAUGGAAUGUAAUAAGGAAGAAGCUAGAAGGGCAAUGAAUAUUGCUGAGAGGAAACUUUCGGAGAAUGAUUACAAUGGAGCGAAGAAAUUCAUUAACAAGGCUCA